GGCCAGCCGCCCUCGGCUGCCAGCGGAAACUGAGCCGCCUCCCGGCGCCGCCGGCCCCACGCUCCGCCCCGGGCCCGUCGACUGCCCGCCCCGCCGCCGUCGGUCCCCCGCCCGCUGUGCUUGCGCGAAAGGGUUUGAUGCCGCAGCCACUGUGUUGCGCCGGUGGGGUGCCCGUGGGGUCUCCACGCUGCCUCCCCCCGAAAACUCUCCCCGCGGCUGCGGUGCGGGACGGGAGGCGCUGCCUGCGGCUCUACCGGGGACGAGGGGUUUCCUGUGAGCGUCACGCGGGGAUGCUUCAGCCACCGCACACGUCCUGCGGGAGGAAAGCAAGCAAAGCUCACGCGUGGCGGCUGCUGUGAGCAGGUGCUCGUGGGCUGGGUUGUGAUGGCUGGGCACAGGGUAGUGCAGGUGUCGACGGUCAACGCUUCCUGAGAACAUGGCUUGGAAAGUCUGCUGGGGAAACGCUCAGCCAUAAGAAAACAAGCUUUGUUGACAAGAAUCGUCAAAGCAAAAGCCAUUCGCAAGAAAGAGAUGGAUCUGACAUAGUUCUUCCGAAAAAAAAUGGUUUAGAGAAAGGGUCUGAAACAGCUUAGAUGUCUUUUCAAUAUUAUUGAAACGUGAAAGUACUGUUUUCUGUUUUGGGGGUGGUAUUUACUUGUUAUUUUCAGACAAUCCCCCCUGUCUCUAUUCAAGUCUCUGAAAUUCUUGGAGAUUCCGAGGAAAUUGCUUUCCACCGAGUCUUUUAAAAAUCUGUUCUGCUGAGGAUACUAAUGUGAUAUUCACAGAGCUGUUAAAAGCUGUUUUUUAAAUUGACAUGCUGACUGAGAGCCUCAGUGCCUCAUCUACACAUUCACCAGUUCACCCACCCACAGUGGGAUCCACCAGCAUCCCUUCAGUUAGGCAUCACCCUUCUGCAAUCUGCUUGUGCUUUCUCCCUAGACUUUUCCUCCCUGCAUAUCAAAAGUGCCUCAUCUCCCAGGGCGUAGCAAUGCUGCUGAGCUGUGCUGUAGCCUCACUGCGUGUGUCAGCAUGCUGUGACUACACUGUACGUAGGUUUGAUCCAAGACUGGGAAUGGGGAAGGAGGCAAAGACGCUGGUGUCAAGUCAGGAAGGGCUUUGCCCCAAACAUGCCACUUCAGAUCCACAGGAAAAAAAGAGUCCAAGUAUACCAACUAAGGCCUUGAUGAUGCUGAAUCGCCUACCUUGGGGCCCCCAACUAUAUACUUUGUCCAUGGGACAGGAGUUCCAUUUCAGCUCAGCUCUGAGCCUUCAAUCCCUGCCUACCUACAUUGCAGGUGUUCUUCUCUCCAGUCCCAUCUCCUGGGUGAGCCUUGGACCUGCCUUUCCUGUCCUGUUCCUGGUACCAUCUCCUGCUGCUCCUGCCUGGACUACCUGAGUGGAUCUCAUACCUGGUUCAUCACCUCGCCCUGUCUGGGUGUGUCAGUGGGUCAACAACUAGUGCCUGUUCUGCCCACCCUGCUCAGGCACUGCAGGACACUGCCCAGGUGGGUGAGGGCCAACACCUUGGCUUCAGCCACCCCCAGUUCCUGUGAGGCAGCCCUGCUUUCCCACUCCCUGAGGUGGUGGCAGAAUCGCUGCCCAGAAAGCUGGCAGCAGGAGGACUCCAGCAUGAACAAAGCCAUCUGGCCAAAGCCAGGAAGAGAAGCAUUUGCAUGGACAGGGGAGAAGUAAGCAAGUCUGUCUUGGUGAGAAAGGUGGUGCUAGAAAGAGCUUAUUCCUUGUUUCUUGGCUGCUGUAGCAGCAGGACAGAGCUAGCAGUACUCAGCUAACACCAAGUACUGAAAACAGCUAAUGUGAGUGGCUUUGUGGAAGUACUGCUGCAGCUGCAUGCUGUUCAGACUUUCCCUGUUGUAUUCCUGGACAAGCAAAUGGCAGCAACUGGGACCUUCUCUGCAGCCAGGCAAGGGGGCUGUUAGGCAGAGAAGCCACAGUCUCCAAGCUUAAGUUAGUACAGCUUCUCUUCUUUCCUUUAUGAAGCAAGUGCAGAGAGGGCAAGUAAUCUGAGAAAAAAAUUAGGUCCUGGGUGGGGACAGAAAAACACCUGGGGAGGUUCUCUUGGCUCUGAGGUCAUUGCCAGAGAAAUUCUAGCUAUGAUGUCAUACAUGACAGAGGUGACACUAGAGGUAGGUCCCUUUGUCAGUCCCCUGACAAGACCUCUUGGUCAGUUAUAUAGGAUGGUUUUACUUGCUGAUCUAAUGCAGCGUUGGAAAGUGAGCUUACAGCUCACCAAGCCUACAACUUACUUAUUUAGGUUGCUCUCUAAUAUUUGCUGAUAUAUGUGCAAGCCAAGUUUCGGUCAGUGAAACAGAGUUGUUUUACAUGUGCCUAAUGCAACUGCAUGUCAUGACAAGGUGUGCUUUUUCCUGUUUGCUUUUUCUCCCCUUCCCAAGCCUCCCUUUUUCUGCUGAAGAGCCUGGAAGCACUUGGGGGCUUCAGAAAGGAAACUCCCGCGCGUGUCACAACCGUGCUCUCCACAGCCGCCUGCCGGGUGCCGUGAGCAUCCCCGCCAGGGCCCCGGGCACGGUCGGGCGGAAGAGCUCGCUGACUAGUCCCUCUCCCUGCUGGCACGGCGGCGGCCCGGGCACUACUCCCACCACCACCUGCAGGCCUUGGCCCGGAGUGGGCCCUCCGUCGCCGUCACAGACCAGGCCGUCCUUCCCUCGCCUCAGCCCCACAGGGGCUCCUCGGCGGACAUGGCGGGGCCGCUGCAGGACGGGGAGAGGCGAUGUCUGGCCGCCACAGCCCCCGCUGCCCAGAUGCAACAGAGGGCGGGCGGAGCACGGCCGCUGGCAAGGGGGCGGAGCGGGCGGAACAUCUCUCGCGCUCGCAGACGGCAGGCCGAUUGGAGGGCUCGCAGGGGAGGCUCCGCCCCCCACGCGCAGGCCCGCCAAUGGACGAGCGCGGUGCACGCAGCUACCGCGAGACUUGCGCUGAAGCUGGCACCGCCAUCUUGGAGUUGGGAGAGGCCGCGUCCCGUUCCUCUCCCUCUCGGAGGGCCACGGGUGAGGGGGGGGGGGGGGGGAAAGGAGGCGAUGGGCGCCCGGCGCUAAAUUAACGGCGUCCGCUAGCUCGUCUCCCCGACGCUGGGCCGCGGCCGGGAGCCAGGAUGGUGCAGUCCUGUUCCGCCUACCGCUGCCGGAACCGAUACGACAAAGAGAAGCCCAUCUCCUUCCACAAGUUUCCUCUUACAAGACCUGAUCUUUGCAAGAAAUGGGAAGCUGCUGUUAAAAGAAAAAACUUCAAGCCAACUAAGUAUAGCAGCAUUUGUUCGGAACACUUUACUCCUGAUUGCUUUAAGAGGGAAUGCAACAACAAGCUUCUGAAAGAAAAUGCUGUACCCACAAUAUUUUGUUAUACUGAGCCCAGUGAAAAGUCUGAAGAAUUUGCAGAACAACCAGAAGAUCCACUACCACCUCCUCCUCCACCGCCGCCACCACCACCACCACCAGCUCCAGUACUACCACCAUCUCCAUCAGCUCCUUCUUUUCAUUUGUCUCAAAUAGAUACCAGAUUUGUAGAUCCAAGUAUUGGAUUAUUGAUGCCUCCUCUCCAGACCCCUAGCAAUCUUGCUGUAUUUUGUGAUCACAACUAUACUGUAGAGGAUACAGUUCAUCAGCGAAAAAGAAUUCAACAGCUGGAAGAACAAGUUGAAAAACUACGGAAGAAGCUCAAGACAGCGCAACAGCGAUGCCGACGUCAGGAAAGACAAAUUGAAAAACUGAGGGAGAUCGUUCAGUUUCAGAAAGAAAAAGACAUAUUGGCAGGAAAAGGCUAUGUGAUUCUGCCCAAUGACUAUUUUGAAGUUGUAGAAGUACCUGCCUAGAAGUUAUGAAUGUCCAUUUUCACUUUGCUAGGCCAAGAAAUUUAGUUUAAAAACCUAAACGCUCUCUAGUUCUGUGUGUAAGACUCUCCAGAAUUUUAAACGAGUAAAUUUGCACUCAUACAAAUGAGAUCACUUAUUUUCUUCAUUGUAAUUUCAGUUCGAUACACUUCUACUAUAUUGAAAAUGCAAGCAUCUCAGAAUAUGCAUUUAGUUUACAAAAUCCAAAUUACUUUACAGAAGGAAAGAAUGCAAGGUUGAAUACAUUUUAAAUAUGUUUGUUUGGAGGUUUUGUUUGUUUCUUGUUUUGUUUUGUUUUCAGGUUUUGUUUUUGUUGUUUCGCAAAGACUGUCUUAUGCUUACAGGGGAUGGGGAACUGAAUCUGGCUGAAAGUGAAGUUGAGGUUGUUGUAGACUUAGUGUGAAGCUUUGUCAAGGCAUUUUAAUAUUGUCUUUGGUGAUCCCUAGGAAGUAGUUUUCACUGAUUUCAGAAGGAGCAGAAUUAGGCCAGCUGAGUACACCUGAAGUGCUGCGGAAAGAAAGAUAAGAUAAACAUUUCAGCCUGUGAAAACUUCCAACCAUAGUUUGCUGUGCCUUCAAAGCACUGAAAAAAGUCCAAUUUCUGUAUCUCUUUGGUGAGGUAUGUAAACAAGCCUCUUAUUUUGGAAUAACCUGUUACCGCACGUGUGUUGUGAGCAAGAGGAGGAGAAUUCAUCAGCCUAGCUGGUGAGAGCUUUUGUUUUGAGGGCAAUUAGAAAUUCUCCUGAAGUGCUAGUGCUGCACUGAACACGUAUGUUAUUGGACUGUUGGUAGAAUCAAGAAAAGCAGUGUACUGUUUAGGGUGGCUGCUUUUCAAAAGUACCCUGAUAAUAAACAGUCUCCAAUAUAUUGGAAUGCGAUGUUCUCGUAAACACUGUAAUGGGUAGAAUGUUGUUCUUAUCUUUGAAAUUGUUGGUCUUAGCACACACCUCAGCCAUGUGUAGGUUCAGGACAUUAAGAAGUUUUUUACUUUUCCAGAGUGUCAGGCAUUUGCAAUAUACUGUGAUUUUAUUUUAUUUUAUUUUUAAUUAUUAUUAUUUUUUUUCCUUUUCCUUUCCCUGCUCCCUAAAAAGCAUCCGCCAAAUGGCAGUUACAGAAUUAAAGUUUGGGAAUUGUUUGGUGCUAGACUGGUUUUUAAUAUCUCAAAUGCUACUGCCUCUCCUUCAGCCUUAUUAAGACGUUCUCUGAAACUUAAUUUAGAAUACUUAAAUAGUGCAGCAUUUUGCACUUACUGUCAAAUAAUUCAAAAUCAGAUAAAAUAGCAUAAUGCAAAUCCUUCUGUAGCCUUCACAACUGAAAUUUCUGGAUAUAUUAGACAUGAGGAAAAUUACUUUUCUCAAUACAUGUCAAACUUGUGUGUAGUGUGGAUUCUAGCUCUGAUACUAAUCCAGCCCUGUUGGUGAUGGCUUUAAAAGCUUUUCUUAAUAUCCUGUUAGCAUGACAUUUUGAAGUGUUUCGAACCUGUCUUGGUACUUCUGACCUCACUCAUGCCAUGAAUCUACUUUCUCUACCAUUUCAUAUACUUAAGGUGAACAAAAAUGUUGAUGCAUCCUUUUGUGUACAUUUAUUAUACCUGGCUAAAAAUAAAAAGCAAAUGGUGUGUUAGAUUUUUAA